AUAUCUGGGGAUUUAAAGCUUCUAAUCUUAGAGUGGCCGGGAAGGGACAAACCUGCCGCACAGGUGAAACGCGUUCAUUUUCGGAUAAAGUACAGGAAUGAGUAUACACUCAGGGCAGGAGGUGAUGACGGAAAAUAACCAUAACAAAGAAGGGUGUGUAUGGAUGAUGCGGAGACCCUGACACCCUCUCAGAUCCAUCCCCUGUGAGAGCGCAGUCUCCCCCCCACGGUACGGGUACCCGGAGCUGCCUGUAUAGCGGCUGCUGAACAUCAUGCGGUGCCUUUGGAUCCGCCGCCUGUACGUACAAGGGGUCUCCCCGAACCGCUCGCUGGCUGUAUGACAGCUCCGUGGGUGGGAGGAUCAGAGCAAGCCCUCCCCCUCCUUGUGCCUGAAUGAGAGAGAGAGAGCGGCUGAAUCCGAGCGCAGGGAAGGAUUCACCAUCCGACAAGGACAUCAGCCCCUGGCCACCUGGGACAUGACAAGCCCUGGCAGCCCGGGCAGCAGGGCACAGGAGCAGCGGCUGGGUCUGGCCUGCAGUGGGGGCAGAGAGGUAGGGUGGCAGCAUUCAGUGGCAGGUGGCACAGGGAGACAGCAUGCUAGGGAGAUGAAGAGAAGGAGGAGGAACUGGGAGGGGGGUAUCUAUCCAUCAGUGAGCGGUAUAAUAUUACCAUCUGGCUACACUAAGUGAAGAAGAGGCAGCAGCAAAUAGACACAUACACUACAGCACUGACACUCACACCGCUCACCCUGCUGCUGCUGCCGCUGGGCACACACACAUGGUGCCCUCCCCAUCCCCACUGGCCCCGGUCUGUGUGGCACAGAGCCUUUCUUCCCCCUUGCACUUGCCCUGACCGCUCUCAUUGAUGCCUCUGCCCUCCUGCCCCCGCCGAGCCGAGCAGCGAGCAUGGGCUGCCUGCAGAGCCUCACCUGCAAGUCCCGCAUCCGGAGGGAGAACAUCACGGUGUACGAUGUGUGCGCCACCAUAGACCAGUGCCCGACCUCCAUCGAGGAGAACUCGCCCAUUGUGCUUAGGUACAAGACCCCUUACUUCAAAGCCUCGGCGAGGGUGCUCAUGCCCCCCUUACCCCGGAGCGAAACGUGGGUGGUGGGCUGGAUACAGGCGUGCAACCAGAUGGAAUUCUUCAACAUCUACAGCGACCUGGGCAUGUCAAGCUGGGAGCUUCCUGAUUUGAGGGAAGGAAGAGUAAAAGCAAUCAGCGAUUCUGAUGGUGUAAGUUACCCUUGGUAUGGAAAUACCACCGAAACUGUGACCUUAAUGGGACCUACCAAUAAAAUCUCUAGAUUCUCCGUUAGCAUGAAUGACAACUUCUACCCAAGUGUGACGUGGGCAGUACCCAUCAGUGAAAGCAACGUGCCCUUGCUCACCAGGAUCAAGAGAGACCAAAGUUUUACCACCUGGUUAGUAGCUAUGAAUACCACCACCAAGGAAAAAAUCAUUCUACAGACUAUAAAAUGGAGGAUGAGGGUAGACAUUGAGGUGGAUCCAAACCAGAUACUGGGUAAACGUGCCAGGCUGGUGGGGAGGACUCAGCAGGAGCAGCCUAGGAUUUUAAGCCGCAUGGAGCCUAUCCCACCUAAUGCACUGGUAAAGCCUAAUGCCAAUGAUGCACAGGUCCUUAUGUGGAGACCAAAAAGAGGACAGCCUGUGAUAGUAAUCCCACCCAAAAAGGAAUGAAGGGUUUAUUGGGAGGACAUUCUUUAUAGCUUACAAAGACCACGUGGAAGGUUUAAGGUACAGAACUACCAUAUGCACUUUUGAAAGGACAACAAAGGUUUUAUACAUUAUAUUUAUUUGAGACAAAUAGCAUUUGUCACACACAUUUCAUAGUGCCUGUGGCCAAACAUAAAUUAUAACUCCGGGAAGGUUUUCACUCACGGUGACAUGGUAUUGCCACGUUUAUGUGUCAGCCGAUUAGGUGCAUACUUGGGAAAUGGGCUUAAAUGCUUGCAACCAUGUGCGGUAACUUUGGUGUGAAUUGUUAUGUUCCAUAUUAGUUAAAGAUUAACCUUAAAUAGGGAUGCGGUACAAGAAUUAUGCAAAAGCACCCAAAAAGAGCUGACAAAGUGACAUAUUACUUCCCUUUAAUGCUAAUUUAUGGAAAUGGAUAUUAUACUAUCCUCUUAAGAUCAAAUUCUUCAUCUGCAUCUCCUGGCAUCCGGUGCCCUGAUGACUGUUGGCACAGAUUGGCACAACUGGCCUAAGGUGGUGAGUUAAACGACAAGUAACACUAAAGUAUUUACUUGCAAUGGCGUAAUAGUUAUUCAUGACAAACUCAAAAGCCUAUCAAAAGUAUUUUUUAAAAAUGCUGGAGAAAAUUCAGAUUAAAUUCAAGCGAUGAUGUAUUGUUUGUUGUUACUUCCUAUUUGAACUCUUUUCAUACAUAGCACACCACAAAACAUGUUUUUUUUUUCUUUACCAUUUUUCUAAUUACAUUAGUUUAUGUUUCUCAGCAGCACCCAUUAAGCAUAAAUGAUUAAUAUAAUUAAUAAUAAUCAAAAUUCUACCAGUUUAGAGCAGCAGUUUUCUAAAGUAAUGUCAGGCCCUUUCAGGUCUCACAGUUAUCCUUCUCUCUGGCCCUCCCUAAGAUCGUACCAGUGUUACAUAUAUAAAUGAUCACUUAGGUAUCAGCCACGCAGACUGAGUGCCAAUGAUAUCUAGAACAGCCUGUUCACCCCAAAUCCUAUACGAGCAUUCAUAUCAUCCUUAUAGUAUCUUUGACAAUAACACUGGUUUGACCAAGCUUAAUAUGAGAACUACUCGUAGAUCAUUUGCGAAAUGCAAAUUCUGGAAAAAUGGUAAAAAAAUAAAAAGCCACCUAAAAAGUAAUUGUUUGUGGUAUUCUAUUUGAAAAGUACAGGGGUCAUUUACUAUGAAGCGCACAAUGUGCAAAGUGAUAAAGAUAGGUCACAAUUAGGCUGAUCCAGGGUUCAGGUGGGGGAGGCAUGUAGACUGGCCUCAUAACUUGUGUGUUAAGUCGAAGUUAGGGAUCAUCAGGAGGGGCAGCCUGUCUGUAGGGCCCUGUGCCUACUGCCUGCCCAAACUUCUUAAUGAGGACUAAGGGGCAUUCAGUUGCAUCCCUUAGUGUUCUAGCACUUGUACCGCGGGG